GCGAAAGCCGUCGUGCGGCCCCAUCUGGCGUUCAAUAUUUCGCGACGGAUAGCGUGCGGGGGCGCGCUCAUGGGGCUGCACGACAUAUGGAGCUGUACCAGGCUGCUUUGUUGGACUUCCUGCGGCCCAUGUGGGAGUACGAAUGCCGUGCACGGCGUGAGAUGAAGUCAUCUCCUAUGCCUUGGAGUAGGGCCUCAGAAGACGACAAGCCGCGACUCGAGCAGGCUUCAGAGCUCGCCAAGGUUCCCUUGUCUUCCGAAAUCAAGUCAAUGGGCGAAAAUCAUCCCAAGCUUCAGACCUGGAGAACGCAGUACGGUAAUCCUCUGGACAUCCCUUGGCUUGGCAGCACCCACGACGAUUAUCCCUUCGCUUCCACGUUGUCCAGCUAUGUGAAGCUGCGUCGCACGAGUACGACUCCUACUCUUCGCGACGACGCGGCCCUAUGGCUUGGAGCAAUGACGUUCGGCCUCACCGAGAUCGUGACCCGCAUCAAGGUGUCCGAAACCGAUAUCCUUUCGCCGGGGACGGGUGGAGGCACGCGAGUGGUUUCCGGUGCCCGCCUUUCCAGCUUCCUCUUCAAGUGGCACCACUAUAUGCAAGAUUUCAUGCACCGAGGAGCAUUCGACCCGGAAGCUCAUCAUCGACGAGGCUGCGAGCUCGUGCCGGUCCUGAACCAAGUGCUCGCUGCCCUCGAUGAGGAAGGACUCCAGGGUACCAGCCUCAUGCUUCGCGCCGGCUUCUCUCUCGACGCCCAAGUCGACAUCCUUGGCGCUCUGGCGCUUGCCAUCGGGAUGCUGUUCAACUGCGCCCUGUCCAUCUGGCGCGACGUACCAGAAAUGCAGAACAUCUCGAAGCAGCUUCACGACACGACGCGCUACUUCCACCAGCACCCUAAAGAGAUGUGUAGGCGCGUCAUGCUGUCUGCGGGCUGGUGUCCGUACUCCGUUUCGAAGCGCUUCCUCGCGAGCAUCAAUGAGCUCGCGCUGCUCUCCCACAUCGUCCGGGGGAAACCAUUCGUUCGCAAAGCUGAGGACGAGCACAGCAAGUGCACAGAAGCCGGGUGCGCGUUGUACACAAUCGACCUCACGACCUACUCUGUCCGCCACGUCGACCCGACAUGCCAUUGCGCGAACGCCGCGCCUCCCCUCCAAGACAUCGCGAAACUCCUCUCCUCUUCCAACGGCGGCCCGAAUGUGGUACCUGUCGUUCAUUGGGACGGGAUGCAGCUGCGCGUGCGCCCCGCUGCCGACGGACAGUACGUCGCGAUUUCUCACGUCUGGGCCGACGGCCUCGGGAGCACCACCGAGGUCGGUCUGCCCGCCUGUCAAAUCGCCCGCCUGGCCGAGCUCGUGAAGCAGAUCGUCCCGGGGACAGGCGAUUUCUGGAUGGACUCGCUCUGCGUGCCCCGCGAGGCCGCGCUGCGUACGCGCGCGCUCAAGCUGCUUCCGAAGACGUAUAGAGAAGCUGCGAAGGUGCUCGUCCUCGAUGAGUGCGUCCGCGCGCGGUGCGCAAAGAACAAGCCGUGGGAGGAGAACUUGUUUCGGAUCGUCAUGUCGGGGCUUUCUUUCGAGUAUGCCGACGGAUUGGCCGAUGUGACUGAUCAACUACGGGGCAUCAACGGAAAGGACUCGUCCGUACCUCGCCCGUCCGGCUCAGGCAAGGUGGCCCUCGACACCGGCGACGGUCAUAUCCCCAAUGGCCUCGAGGCUCAUGCGUUCAACCCUGCCUCCCUCUACCGCUCAUGCUUUCCCGUCAUCACGCUCCGCUCUGCUCAUAAGGACAGCCUUGAUGGAUGGUGCACGAUCGACGAGGUCACCGACCUCCUCCGCUUGCGGACCGUGACGAAACGUGAAGACGAGAUUAUAUCGCUUUCCGGCCUACUUCCCAUUGACGUGGACGCACUCCUUUCCCUCAAUGGUCCGGAUGCCGCAGAACAGCGGAUGAGAGCGACCCUGCAGAAGCUCCGCGACCUCCCACGGCGCCUGCCGAUGCUCCACACAUCGCGGCUCAACCUUCCUGAGUUCCGAUGGGCCCCGCUCAGCUUCACGGGCGCGCAUGAGCCCGUUGGAGGCACAAACGACACAGCAGUAUGCACGAGCGAAGGUCUCUCUGCGGAUUACUCCUUUGCCCGAUUCGAAUCCUCCGUGGCGAUACCUCCCUUCUGCGCCCAGGGCCUACAAGAGGGCUUCAAAAUCGCGAUCAUCCAGCAGGGCUCAGCGUGCAUCUACGAGGCGAUCUUCAGCAUGCCCGCGGACCAUUACCGUUCAGGGUUGCCGAGAGACUCGAGGAUCAUCGCGUGCGCUGCAGUAGCGCUUCGUACCGGAAGUGCCCAAGGGGAAGGGGUUGGGAACAGUGCAGUGAAAUGCGACUACGUCGCGUCCGUGGAGUUCUGGUGUUCGAGCGAUGCCGGCGGAGCGGUAGAGCCUAGGGCACAUGCGAUAGCCAUGACGCCGGACGUCUAUGGGCUCUUCACCAUAGGCGGCUUGAGCAACACGAAGGUGCUUCUAAGAUGAAGACGAAAUCCCCCAAUGGGGUGCAC